UAAUGAAACAGGAAGUUGUGGCGGCGAACCUUCCACACGGAUGGAAGAAACGAGUGAAGUAGCGGAUGGCGCUGGCGUCGUGUGAGAAUCUGGGGUUGCGUUCCUAAACGCUUCCCAAACUGCACAGACAGGAGACAUGGGCAGCAAGGGAUGUAUUAUCUGGCGACUCCUUCUUGCAGUAUGCUGCUGUGGCCUGCUUCGCAUGCUUUCUGCGGAUGCCAACUCGGUUACCCUGCCAGAAACUCUACUCUUCGUGUCCACGCUUGAUGGCAGUCUGCAUGCUGUUAGCAAGAGAACAGGAUCAAUUAAUUGGACUUUGAAAGAAGAUCCUGUCCUUCAAGUUCUAAUGCACAUGGCAGAACCAGCGUUUCUCCCUGACCCUCAUGAUGGCAGCCUUUACUCAUUGGGAGGCAAGGAUGAUGAAGGACUGAUGAAACUUCCUUUCACAAUUCCUGAGUUGGUUCAGGCUUCACCGUGUAGGAGCUCUGAUGGGAUCUUGUAUAUGGGAAAGAAACAAGACCUUUGGUACGUUGUGGAUCUUCUGACUGGAGUGAAGCAGCACACGUUAACUUCUUCAUCAGCUGAAUCUUUGCAUCCUUCCUCUUCUCUCCUAUAUCUUGGCCGAACAGAAUACACCAUUACUAUGUAUGACACAAAGAGCAAAGAGCUACGUUGGAAUGCCACAUAUUUUAAUUAUGCUUCCACAGUGCCAGACAAGGACAGCCAAUACAAAAUGUCUCACUUUGUGUCAAACGAAGAUGGCUUAGUAGUUACGGUUGACAGUGAGUCUGGUGAUGUCCUGUGGAUUCAGAACUAUAAUUCUCCGGUGGUGGCAAUGUACAUAUGGCAACGAGAGGCACUAAGGAAAGUAAGCCACACCAAUGUGGCUGUCGAGACCCUGCGGUACUUAAGCUUCCUCUCUGGCGAUGCUGGACGCAUCACUAAAUGGAAAUACCCUUUUCCAAAAGAGACUAAAGCUAAAAACAAGCUUAUGCCAACACUUUAUGUAGGUAAAUAUUCAACAAGCCUCUAUGCCUCCCCCUCCCUGGUUCAUGAUGGCAUGACUGUAGUGCCUAGAGGUAGUGCUUUCCCACUACUUGAAGGACCAAAGACUGAAGGUGUGACGAUAGGGGGCAGUGAGGAAUGUUUUAUUACCCCAAGUACUGAUGUCAAGUAUUCCCCCGCUGGUCUGAAGGAGAAAAGCAGGAUUAACUACCUGAGGAACCACUGGCUGUUGAUCGGUCACCAUGAAACUCCUCCAGCUGCCAACAGUCAGAUUCUUGAUAAAUUUCCAAACAGCAUUCCAAGACACCCAUUGAACAUUAUUCCAAGUAGCGCCGAGGUGUCAUCAGACGAGAGUCUCACAGAUGUUGACCCAGAGGAAGAUACCAAUAUUCCCACUGUACCUUACGUUGAAAAGCCUAGUCAUCAGUAUCAGAGACAGGAGGCACCAGUGGACUCCAUGUUGAAGGACAUGGCUACCAUAAUCUUCUGCACCUUUCUUCUGGCAGGCUGGGUGGCCUUUGUGGUCACAUACCCAAAGGUAGAACUGCUGAGGAGAGCGCUGAUGCAUACUGCUUUAUGUGCAUUGAAUAUGCGUAGACAGCAGAUAGAACACCAACAGUUCCAGAAACAGAUGGAAGAGAAGAUGCAGCUUCUGCAGAAACAGCAGCUACUUUUUCAGCCUUCCUUGGAGUUGCAGCAGGAUGUAGAAUUUAUAGAUGGUGGUCAGGUUCGCAGUGAAGGCUCGACUAAUAGCAGUCCAGCUCCAUCUCCCAGAGCAUCCAAUCACUCAAAUCUAUCUGUGUCAGAAUUUGGCAGCUCUGCUACAGAGCAAGAUGAAGCAGAUGAUGAGACGAGACUGGUUCGAGUAGGCAAUCUCACAUUUUGUCCAAAAAAUGUUUUAGGCCAUGGAGCCGAGGGAACCAUUGUCUACCGGGGCCGAUUUGACAACAGAGCAGUUGCAGUGAAGAGGAUUUUGCCUGAAUGUUUUAGUUUUGCAGAUCGGGAGGUGCAACUCCUCCGAGAAUCAGAUGAGCAUCCAAAUGUUAUACGCUACUUCUGUACGGAGCGAGAUCGUCAGUUCCAAUAUAUUGCUAUAGAGCUCUGCAGUGCCACUCUGCAGGAGUAUGUGGAACAGCAGGAGUUUGAUCGGUGUGGUUUGGAACCUAUCGCUUUACUCCAGCAGACCACAUCUGGACUGGCCUAUUUACAUUCACUUAAUAUUGUCCACAGAGACCUAAAGCCUCACAACAUCCUCAUUUCUAUGCCUAAUGCUCAUGGUCGUGUGAAAGCCAUGAUCUCAGACUUUGGUCUUUGUAAGAAGUUGGCAGUGGGCAGACACAGUUUUAGCCGGCGAUCUGGUGUUCCAGGUACAGAGGGCUGGAUUGCACCAGAGGUAUUAAGUGAUGACUACAAAGAAAACCCGACCUGUGCAGUUGAUAUCUUUUCGGCUGGCUGUGUCUUCUACUAUGUCAUAUCCAAUGGAAGUCAUCCAUUUGGAAAAUCCCUGCAGCGGCAAGCUAAUAUCCUACUAGGUGCAUAUAAUCUAGAGUUCCUGAAUUCCGAGAAGCAUGAGGAUAUCAUUGCUGCUGAUCUCAUUCAAAAGAUGAUUAGCAUGGACCCUCAGGAGCGACCAACUGCCCAUGGCAUUCUUUCUCAUCCCUUUUUUUGGAGUUUGGAGAAACAGCUCCAGUUUUUCCAGGAUGUGAGUGACCGCAUUGAAAAAGAACCCCUAGAUGGUUUGAUAGUGAGGCAGCUGGAGAAUGGAGGUCGAAAGGUGGUUAAACAGGACUGGAGAGCACAAAUUACUGUGCCACUGCAGACAGAUCUUCGGAAGUUCAGAUCUUAUAAAGGGGGGUCAGUUCGAGAUCUGCUGCGUGCCAUGAGGAACAAGAGGCACCAUUACAGAGAACUUCCUGUGGAGGUGCAAGAGUCCUUGGGCUCCAUUCCAGACAACUUUGUCCGCUAUUUCACAUCACGGUUUCCUAACCUUUUACUGCACACUUACUGCGCUCUUCAGACAUGCAGCCAGGAGCGCCUAUUCCGACCCUACUAUCCUGCUUCCAAGUGGCAGGAGUCAGACAUCAGGGACUCUGUGUGAGUGGCCAUUGCGCAUCGCAAUAUCUAAGUGCCUUUCUGAAGGGCUGAAGUGGGUCUGGGACAUUGCAUCCCAAUGUUUGUCCUGACUGUAGGAGGUAGCUGUGACAAGUUGUCACCAUUUUUCAUCCUCUACAUGUAUAACUACUCCGUCCAGCAGAGGACUUCAGGGAGUAAGCUGCCCAGGAUGAUGUAUGAUCAGAGACAAUUAAGUGACUGAUCUUUUAUGCAUUAAGUUGAAAAUGUCCUUUUUAAACUUGCUCACCUCCUGGUACGUCACCACCUACGAUUUUGGCAUCUAGCAUUAACUGAUGGAGAGGUAGGUGUUGGGGUUCACUUAGGACAUAAACGGUUUACUGGACUUGAACAGCUGUGUUUGUUUUUUCCCCCAUUCUUUGUCAUUAUCAGCCUUUCUAAGCUUUUAUUAUUGGUGAUGAUCCAGAAACAAGUGGACCCUAAUAUGGUUUGGACUCGAGGCCACUGGUUGCCAACUUUGGAAUUCUGUCACAUUUCUGUGUUACUCUUGAGUGUUACUGCUGUAUUUUCUCGUGACUUUCACAAGAUUGCUCCAAUCAAGCAAUCCGCAAGCUUGGAAACAGCAUUCAAAUGUCUUGUGGGUACUGCAGAGCACCACUGGAUUUUGUCUUUCUCCCUCCACAUCUGUUGUCUUAUGGAUCUCCGUUACAAAUGCUGUUUUGAGGCUCAGGUCUCCUGAUAAUGUACUCUGAAUAGCCGAGAUUGACAUUGGCUGCCAUGUCAGCCUUAUGAAACUGGAGAGCAGCACAGCAUUUGUCAAGGUUUUUUGUAUGAUUUCAUUUGUGUUUAACUUAUUUAUUUAAGGUGAGAUAUCAAAAAGCCAGCUUUCCAUUGUUAAUUUUUUUUUUUAAAUGGACAGGGUUACUUUUUAGACUUUUGUUUGAAUUUGAUUUCUUUCUCUAUUGUGCAAUCUGUACCAUAAAAUGCAAAUGCCAAAUGACUUUAUAAUGAAAAUUGUUAGUUUGGUCUGCCUUCUGAUCUUUGUGUCUCAAUGUGGAAACUUUAUUUUAAUAAUCAUAAUAACAGAAUUAUUUUCUAUUUGCACUAAUUAUUGAAAUCUUUAGAAAAUGCAUACUGCAAUAAAUUGUGUUCAAUUAGUAA